GUGUCACUGUUAAAAGGUGCAAAAUGGCAGCGAAAAAAAGAAAGAUUUCCGAAGAUUACGUUAAGUUUGGAUUUACCUUCAUAGAAAAAGACGAGUUACAAUUGCCUCAGUGUGUGAUAUGUUUUAAGUAAGGAUAGCAUGAGGCCCAAUCGCCUUGAAAGGCAUUUGAAGCAACAACAUCCUAC